AUGGCAUUCCUACGAGCACACCCCCUGCGCACUGCACGGAGCCGGCUGAUCGCUGGUGGUGGCACUUCGCUGCGCUCCCUCUCCUCCAUCACGACGAGUAGCUGGUCCUACCCGCCCUCUGCGUCUGACGUAUCUACGGAUGAGAUUACUCGCCUCUCUGCCAGUCCUCGCCGGCCCCUGACGCUGUCAGAUCUUCUCCGACAUGGCCGACCACCACUCACGAGAGAAGCCCUCCUUGCAUCGGCAAACUUCACGCUCUCUCUCCUCCCUGCCAGACUGGCCUACCGUAUCCAGGCCCUGAGAAACCUGCCGUUUAUCGUCGUCUCGAACCCCCAUAUCUCCCAGAUUUACAACAACUACGUUCACUCCUUCACCACAUUAGUACCGUUCCAGAAGCGGAAGAUCUCAACGCCAGAGGAAGAGAGACAGUUCACCGAGAUCAUGGCUGAGCUGGUACAGACACACGACAAUACAAUUCCAGUGCUUGCGCGUGGGUUUCUAGAGUGUCGUAAAUACAUCAGUCCCGCCGAAGUGACUGCAUUUUUAGAUGAACAUCUCAGGGCUAGAAUCGGUACUCGCCUGAUUGCCCAGCAGCAUCUGGCACUUCACCACGCCUCUAUCUCAGAGAAUGGUAAUCUCCUUACCUCACGGGACAAAAAUCUGCCGUCCAACUAUAUCGGCGUAAUCGAUACGGCUCUUAAACCCGCACGUUUGAUAAAGGUCUGUGAGGAAUUCGUUGCCGAGAUAUGCGAGCUCAAAUACGGCGUACGUCCUAGAGUAGUUAUCAACGGGGAGCCCGAAGCAACAUUCGCCCAUAUCCCGGUUCACGUCGAAUAUAUACUCACCGAACUCCUAAAGAAUGCCUUCCGGGCAACGGUGGAGGCCGGAAACGAGCGUGAGCCCAUCGAAGUAACCAUCGCCUCCGCACCCAAUACGCCGUCAACUACCGGUGUUGAACACGCCGUGCCUGAGCCCGAGAAAAAUCCAAACUCCCUUGGAACGGGUUCCCAGAGUGACUUCCAGAUGAGCAUCGGAAUGCAUAAAUCUAGGCCCCUAGUGCCGGGUCCGAUGUUCGAACCACUCAAAUCAUCUGCCCAGAGCAUCACAAUUCGCAUCAGGGACCGAGGAGGUGGCAUACCUCCUGAGAUUCUCUCUGAUAUCUGGUCCUAUAGCUAUAGCACGUUCAACUCCGACCACCUUCCCGUGAGCGACAAUGGGAACGUCGAUGCCCUGAACGCAAUAUCAGGCAGUGGUGGCCAUAAUGCCAGCACCAUUGCAGGCCUUGGCUACGGACUCCCGCUUGGACGAGCGUACGCGGAAUACUUUGGCGGUGGCAUCGACAUCCAGAGUCUUUGGGGCUGGGGUACCGACGUGUACCUCACCCUACAAGGCGUUGGAAAAGUGCAAGGUUAA